GAGUUCCUGUGUCAUGUCAGCCAUGUUGAUAACAACUGUAAAUGACUGUUAUGGUUGAAAGACGUGUCCUCGAUGUGGGCGGCUAAUAACUUGUCCCAAGUUAUCUACGACUCUUGCCUGGAAACGACGCACAAAGCAGCAGAUGGGAGGACUCUGGAGGACUUAGUCGGCGAAACCUACCCGAUUCGCAAUGGAACGUAUGAUAUUGUUAAGCUAAUAGUGAGAUUGACGGACCCUGAGCGCCUCUGCGGUCAGCAUGUGGGACAGAACCGGCAAGAGACCCAUGUGAGGAGCGUUAAAGAGACAGGACCUCGGAAUCUGCAGCCUAGUGCGCUCUACGUGGACGGGAGGAUGUACUACAACAACAAUGCUCGGCACAGGACACACAAGCUCCUGGCUGCUGUUUAUUUCCCUGCUGUAUUCUGUGCUCGAGUUCUAAAAAAUGUUGGCUACUCGGGAAAAGCUGACUACUGUCCUUGUGAUUAGACUGGUAUGGUAACAUGUGCAGAAAGUCAAAUCUACUUUGAUUCGAUUAGAAAUUUAAAUGGAAGGUUUAACACUAGAUGGAUUACGGUCUUGAAAUUGACAUUACAUUUUGGCUAUUACAGUUUGGUUUUCAGACAAGAAUCACUAUGUCGGUGAAUUUUUAAUCGUCGCCACUCUCUGACAACUUAAGUACAAAAAAACACUUUAAUUGCUUUGAAAGGUGGGAUUGCUUUGUUAGAGAAGAGCCUGAGAUCAAAUGAAAUAAAGCCAUUGAGUACAGUAAUCUAGAUUUCUGGACGGAUCUAAGAAAACAACAUCAAGGAAGAGUGCUGAACCUUUCAGCUAGAGCAUAUCCACUUGGCCCAUUUCAGUUUAAACAGCAAGUAGUGUUCUAUGCAUUUGGGAAUCCAUAUCUCAAAUACAUUGUUAAAAAAUCGCGUCAACAGGAAUUUUCUGCCACUGCUUGAUCAAAUUAGUAGAGAAGGUAGGAAGGUCUCCUCUCAGUUGAUCGGUGCUAAUGACAAUCUACACUGCUUAAACUAACAGUAAACUGUACUCAUGUUCUUUUCCCCUAAGUUAAAUGUCCUUUUUCCGUAUGACUUGACAAAUGAAUUUAUUGGGAAUUUGAAAAAGCCACAAUUACAAGUAAAACUCUCACAGGAACCCAUGGCAUGGUACUUCCAAAUUUCUUGUUUUAUUAAUGGGUUGCAAAUAUUCAAAGUUACAACUUUUGUCUUCAAAAUGACACCCUAGAAAAGCCUUGCUAGGCCAGGCAGGCUAAAUCAACUCACCCAACAUUAUUUUCAGCUAUCACAUUACAUUCACAAUCCUCCCCACCGACUUCUUUUCCAAAAAAAAAAAAAAAAAAAAAGUUGUUUAACCCUGAAAUAAAACAUGGAUACAGUUAUGAUGCCAUUUUGGCUUCCAGGUUUUCCAAAGAACAUUUGUAACUUGGGCUGGGUCUGGAAACUGCAAGAGAUCUGUUAAUUGACACAACUUUUGCAUCAUAUCAACAUUGAAUAAAUUUGCUAUACUUUUUCACUCUGUUUAGAAAUCUUUAUAUUAUUUACUUACCAACUUCUAACAAGCUCAAAGCUUCAGAUUUAUUAAAAAACUAAAGAUAAAAGAAGGCGGCUGAGUACAUUUCACAUUUCUUCGUUUCUUUCUCUUAAAAAAGUGUAUAGGACUUUGCUCUUCUUUUGUCUGACAUUUUCAUACUUUAUCUUACCUUUGGUCUCUUCUGUACUCCCAAUUGUUUCUGCAAAUGGACUUUUAGUUCACAAGAAGGAAGCAGUACCAUUUGCUCAUCCGGAAAUCCCCAAAGCCACCCACUCAGAUAUGCUGGCUCAACAACAUGUUUCAUUUUCUUAAACUGGAAAAGUCGAGAUUGACUGUUGACUGAUGUCCCUCAUGAACUAGAACCCAUUCAGUUCAUAUGUAACACUGUAUUGAACUUGCCAGUGAUUUAAGAUUUGUUUUUUUCAACUCUAGUUUUUCGUUUUGUUGAUCCUUUCUGCUUUGUCUACUGUAUCUUUGUAUUGGAAUAUACAAACACACAUGACACACAUAUGACUGGCAUGUAAAUAAGGAAAGUUUUUUUUUUUUUUUCAAAAGUGGCAGCCAUAGCUGAAUCAUGUUCUGACAUGAUUUGUUUCAACUGUGGCAACAACCUUCUCAAGUGGUUCAUUUAAGCUAGAGAGUAACCUGAGAGAGUAAUUAAAAAGUUGAAUGAUCACUUUGUGGUCACUUAGAGGGAUUUGGUUUACGCUUCAAAGUUACUGCUUCUAUUUUGUUUGAAAAUGUAUUAACCUGAGGGUCUCAUUACUCAUUGUAAUCACUGAAAAGAUUUAUCAGAAGUUCAUAAUAAUAAAAAACCCUUUACAUACUUGAAAUGUAAUGUGUAUGUAAAUAAAUAUUUCCACAUUAACUGUGAUAUGUGUCCUCUCAAUAUCUCAUAUUUCAGGAUGACAAUACAGUAUUGCUGAAAGGUGGUUAAACAUGAAGGUUAGAAAUGGUUGCCGUGAUUUUAGAGCGAGCUUAAAGAAAAUACAAAAGAGGCCUUUAAAUACAUUGAACUGUCACUUGAAUGUCAUUUGUUGAUGCUGUGUAUACGGCUUAUGUGUUUGUGACUGAUCCCAGAACCAAAGUGAAGGAAUACAUUUACAGAAUUCAGACAAUGAUGAAAGACAAUGAACACAAAAUCAAACCCAUUACUAACAUAAACUGCAAACAUCAGACUCAAUUUGACUGCAUGUGCCCCAGGUCUUACUUUCUGGAGUUAGACAAACUUCAAAUGCCUUCAAUGUCAAUCUGUUGCCAAAGCCAAUCCUCCGACGACAUUCCGAUGCAAAUGACCGCCGUCUCAGCAACAAAACAGUCUGGGAUGGGGAGAAAAUGCUGAUGCACACGUUAAGUUGACCAUUCCCACAUCAUUGAUCCAGUAACUGACUCAUUUGCACGCCAAUUCAGGCGCUGAUCAAACACACAAACAGCUUUUCAGCAGGACAACACAGCUUAAUCUGAACCAUUUUUAUGAAUAGGGUUGCAAAUGUCACAUUUGAUGGACCAACAACAAGCUGAACCCACAGAAGGGGGUUGGGAUGUUUCGUUAGAAGUUGUAAUCUGAGUGUAACUUGUAAAAUCUACCUAAAUCUCACCAGUGUGAUGGAACAACAGGAAUGUAUGUAUUUCAAAGCACCAACAAGAUGACCAACGUAAAGUAAAGUAACCCACAAACUGUAAAACCAAUUCAUCUGAACAUACUUUGCCAACAUAGAUGGAAACAUGAUCACACGUCAACACAAAUAUUCAUUGUUACACUGAUAUUGAUACACUAUUCCAGUCAUUCAAACAUGCAAACAGAAUCUCAAUUUUAAUUGUGAAGACAAGCCACUUUGUCUAAUCUGCUGUAAAGAAUAGUAGGUUAAACACAAGUACAACAAAGACAUUUAUAAUGUUUGCCAGACCUCCUGGCAUGCAUUUCUAAUAUUGCUCCAUACUUCUUCAUCAUGACAGUUUUUAAGUUUCUUCAAUUUGAUGUGUGUAUUUUUGCAUUGAUUUGUAAUAUUAUUAUUCACAAAUAACUCCUUUCCCUGAAGGAUCUUUCAGCAAGUUAUUUAAAAACAUCAAGUCAAGAAUUGUCCUUCAGAUAUUGAUGUUUUUUAUUCUUUAUCGGACCAAAAAAAACACUAAUGUUCAUGUAUCAACUUCUGAAAGGUACGAUUUUCCAAAACCAUUUCAACAUUUUUCUAGUUUCAUUUUAUUGUAUUAACACAUUUAUUAUUUCCCACCCACCCCAGGAUUGCUUGGAAAUAAUUUAUUUUCCAUGUUAAUUUAUUUUUCUCGCCAUUAUAAAAAAUGAAACAACUUAUUCUUGCUCAGAUGGUUUUCAGCAAAUGAGAUGUGUUUUCUUUUUUUAAGUUAACAUAAUCAAAUAUGGUGAACUCAAUGAAUUCAGGAUACUAAACCAAUGUAAACACAAGAUAUCAAAGUAGGCCACGACAAAAUAAUUUAGAUGUAAAACACUGUGUUUUAACAGACACAAACAUGUUUUUUUCGACCCUGUAAAACUAAUUUAAAUAUCUAGCGGCCGAUUACUGAGACGCGCCGACGCCCUUUAAUUAUGGGUGAAAGACGAUUGGCUGAAAGUCGGACCCCCACUUUACCUGUCCACACCCAGGCACGUCUUGAAAAAGGCCGGGAAAUCGGGCCUCAGUGGGCUUCUCCGCGGCCAGUGCCAUUGGACCGUGCAGCGUACCUCACACGUUCACACGCAUUUGAGCUCAACUGCGGCAUGGCUGACUGGAAGCUUGGCUACAACUACAACGCGUCCUACCAUGCCUACGCUUACGGCUACCUCUACCCACAUGGAGCGGAGCAGAGCGGGAACAUGGCCGGCUGGACCGACAACGAAGUGGUGGACCUGAGCGGCUACAGCUCCGCGGGCUUCUACGCGACUGUAGCCCAACCACCCGAUGAAUCUCCCCCGGAUAGUCCGGAGGUGGACGUGGUCAAUGGUCACUACCAAGCGCCCGGCCAACUGUACCACCCCGAGCAACACCGAACGCCUUACAGCCCGGAAGGGAGCGGGAGGUCCGGGAGCGAUGGAGUGAGCGACUCGGAAGUACACGCUUCUCCCGAGUCAUGGAACUCAACAAGCAGUGGAGAAGGGCACAUCCAGCUCCCAGAUUUCACCUCAUGGACGAGGAAGCGACACGACGAUGAGGUCAGCAGCAUCAGUAGCAGCAGCAGUGGUGGGAGUCCGGAGACCAGAGAGAUUCCAAGCUCGAUCACGCUGGCGCCUCAAACGCUCCCCCCAAACCAUGAUGACACAGUCAACUACACCCCACCUCAAAUACCCGUCUCUGUGCCAAAGAAGAAGGGCAACACUUCUUCUAAAGUGAAGGCACGUGUGUCUUUCACCGAGAGUCAGAUGAACACUCUUGGUCAGUGCUUCAGUGUGCAGAGAUACCUCACCCCAGCCGAGAUGAAGAACAUCGCCGAGCUGACUGGGCUCACUUACAAACAGGUGAAAACCUGGUUUCAAAACCGGAGGAUGAAGCUGAAGAGACACCAGAGAGACAAUGGCUGGUUGUCCGAGCGAUCCAUGGCAAACAAGGAUGGACAGGUUCGUGGAACGGUCAUCGCCAGUGUCCAAAAUCCUCUUCAAAAUGUAAAUUAUCAAGGUGAAGCCAAGCCAGAGCAGAAAACUCAUUUCAACCAACACACAAUGCCAAUGGCACAGAACGUCGCCCUCUAUCUGGCUGCCAUGGGAAACACAAAUGGACCUGCUGGAUACCCCUCAUGGCCCAUGGGCUCGCUCCAGACUGGAGUGCCACCAAAAGCCCAGACCCCUACUUGGCAUAUGGCCCCUGGACUACACCAUUUCGACCACAACCACAGUGCUUUCAGCACAACAGGCCAUGUUUCCGAACCAGGCAAAACGGCAGAAUCUGUGAGCAGCCCUUGUGUAUAGGCAUGUGGCGACAAGCAUUUAUGUAAAUGUUGUUUAUACUCUCUUCUACACUUACCCUCAUUUGACAUAGUGCAUUUUUCAGACUGGGUGUAAUUAAGAUUUUAUUCAGUCUUGUUUUUGAAAGUUUUUACCCUAUUUUUAUAUGCAAAUGCUAACCAUGUUCUGUUCUUUGCACUUAUUGAAGGUUCCAGCU